CAGCUAUGCUUCUGCAUCCCCCCCUCCCCCAGACACAAAACCAACCUAACAACUGUUAUCACUUCGGUCUACUUUCUCUUUGACUUACAGACAACACCUCGAAUUCAUCGUCUGCUAGACUUCGACUGGUCGGGCUGUUUGGUGUGGGCAUAUGUGUAAAGGAAACAAAGCUGUUGACUAUCAACAAUGGCUUCAGGUGACUCCGUCCAUCUCUCAGAGCUGAGGAUUGUGCUGCUGGGGGGGAGGCAUGCAGGGAAGAGUUCAUCAGGAAACACCAUCCUGGGCAGAGAGGAGUUCGACCUGAGGACAGCUGCUCAUUGUGUGAAGAGACAGGGAGAAGUAGCUGGGAGGCAGGUCACUGUGGUCAACACUCCAGGAUGGUGGAGGGAUCCCCCUGUAGAGAACACCACUGAGCUGGUUAAACAGGAAAUAGUACGCAGUGUGUCUCUGUGUCCUCCAGGACCCCACACUAUCCUCCUGGUCAUACGGUUGGAUGUCUCAUUCACAGAGGAAGAAGCCAAUUCUGUAGAGGGACACCAGCAGCUUCUCAGUGAGAGAGUCUGGAGUCAUACUAUAGUGCUGUUCACUUGUGGGGACUGUCUGGGAGACAAAACCAUUGGGCAGCACAUUGAGAGAGAAGGGAAGGCCCUCCAGUGGCUUGUUGAGAAAUGUGGGAACAGGUAUCAUGUCCUCAACAAUAAUAACAGGGCUGAUGGCACUCAGGUCACUGAGCUGUUGAACAAGGUGGAGGAGAUGGUGGCCGGAAACAGAGGAGGCCACUAUGAGAUGGACAGAAAGAUCCUGGAGAAGAUGGAGGAGAGAAGGAGGGCAGAGGAAAAGAGAGCACAACAGAGGCUGAUAAAGGUGCAGAAACAGAGAGAGACUCUCAGAUCACUAAUGGGUGACUCCGUCCAUCUCUCAGAACUGAGGAUUGUGCUGCUGGGGGGGAGACGUGCUGGCAAGAGUUCAUCAGGAAACACCAUCCUGGGCAGAGAAGAGUUUGAUCCGAGGGCAGAUGCUCAGUGUGUGAAGAAACAGCGAGAAGUAGCAGGGAGGCAGGUCACUGUGGUCGACACUCCAGGAUGGGGGAGGAAUCUCCCUGUAGAGUGGACUACUGAGCAGGUUAAACAGGAGAUAGUACGCAGUGUGUCUCUGUGUCCUCCAGGACCCCACACUAUCCUCCUGGUCAUAUGGCUCGGCGUCUCAUUCACAGAGGGACACAAAAUAUCAGUAGAGGAACACCUGCACCUUCUUGGUGAGAGAGUCUGGAGUCACACUAUAGUGCUGUUCACUGGUGGGGACUGUGUGGGAGACACAACCAUUGAGCAGCACAUUGAGAGAGAAGGGAAGGUCCUCCAGUGGCUUGUUGAGAAAUGUGGGAACAGGUAUCAUGUCCUCAACAAUAACAACAGGGGUGAUGACACUCAGGUCACUGAGCUGCUGGACAAGAUGGAGGAGAUGGUGGCAGGAAACAGAGGAGGCCACUAUGAGAUGGACAGAAAGAUCCUGGACAAGAUAGAAGUAUGGAGGCCUGCAAAAGAAAAGCGUGUGAAAAAGAGGAAGGCUAAGGUGAAGAAGCAGAGAGAGAUCCUCAGAUCAUUCAGUGAAUCCCUCCCUGUCUCAGAGUUGAGGAUUGUGCUUCUGGGGGGGAGAGGUGAAGGGAAGAGUUCAUCAGGAAACACUAUCCUGGGCAGAAAGGAGUUUGACAGGACAGCUGCUCAGUGUGUGAAGAAACACAAAGCAGUAGCAGGGAGGCAGGUCACUGUGGUCGACACUCUGGGAUGGCAGAGUCAUCUCCCUUUAGAGGAAACUACGGAACUGGUUAAACAGGAGAUAGUACGCAGUGUGUCUCUGUGUCCUCCAGGACCCCACACUCUCCUCCUGGUCAUACGGCUGGAUGUCUCAUUCACAGAGGAAGAAGCCAAUUCUGUAGAGGGACACAUGGAGCUUCUCAGUGACAGAGUCUGGAGUCAUACUAUAGUGCUGUUCACCUGUGGGGACUGUCUGGGAGACACAACCAUUGAGCAGCACAUUGAGUCAGAAGGGAAGGUCCUCCAGUGGCUUGUUGAGAAAUGUGGGAACAGGUAUCAUGUCUUCAACAAUAAGAACAGGGCUGAUGACACUCAGGUCGCUGAGCUGCUGGACAAGAUGGAGGAGAUGGUGGCAGGACACAGUGGAGAUGUGUUUCAGCCUGAGAUGGAUGGAGGUCAAAAAAUGAACUGGAGUUCAGAAGAGUAUCAGAUAUCACCACUGCCUGUGAAAACAUCCAGCAGCCUAGACAUCCUCCCACCAAGCAUGAGUGGCAGCAGAGCUCAGACAGACGAUGAUUCUGGUUGGAGAUCUGAGGCUGGAUCUGAUGCUGGAUCGCUGUGGAGCCCAGAGAAGUGUGGAGGUGGUAGAUCUGAUGUCAUGUCUCUGAGGAGCUCUGGCUACGGCUCCCAGACAUCCAGACCUUCUCACCACAGCUCAGGGAAGAAACGACUGAGAUCUGAGCCUGCUCGGACUGGCUUGGCAGAGAAGCAGCUGCGUUCUGCCAGACAGGCGUUUGUGGAGCGAGUGAAGAUGCCUGUCCUGGAUGACCUGCUGGAUGGACUUCUGCAGGAGGGAGUGAUCAGUGAUGCUGAGAUGGAGGCAGUGAAGGUGGAGGCAGUGAAUGUGGAGGCAGUGAAGGUGAAGGCAGUGAAGAUGGAGGCAGUGAAGAUGGAGGCAGUGAAGAUGGAGGCAGUAAGGAAGACCCGAGCACGGGCCACCAUCGACAUGGUCCUGGAGAAAGGAUCUCCUUCAUGUUUUGUGAUGAAAACUAUGUUGGGUAAUAAUGACCCUGCUUUAUACACAACUCUUGGCUUCAAAUAAAACAUGCAGAGAACAGUGUCAGACCUACGAUGAGGGUAUGACACCAGCAUUUCAGCCUAGUAAGGAAUACACUGUUUGUACACAUAUUAAUUUACAAUUUAAAUACAGGUACAUUAAAUAUGAGUUUGCAGUAUACUAACAAAUAAUAUUUUACAAAUGUAUAUUGAAACUGUAUUGUUGGCAUCAUAAAGAAAAUGCAUAAAAUACUCUUUGAAAGGUCAUUAUUCUUUCUAUACUGUUUUCAGCUGGCAUUCGUACAAAUACACGUUCUCUUUAAAAACCUACAUUGAUUUGUUUCUAUAAUCUUACAAAUGGUUACUUAAAAUGAUGCCAAUUGAUUUAUCUUAGAUGAAUGGAAAUAAUGUUUUUACUAUUUUUGUGUUUUACAAUCAAGAUAACAUGUCAAUACCAUAUAAAUGAAUGUGUAAAGAUGAAAGUUAAGGGUAAAGUAUAUUCCUUAUAUGUAAAAACAUAUAUGGAAAUAAACCAGUUUUUCUAAUUCUGAUUCUGGAUAUAUAAAGAUGUAUAAUUGGAUACAAUCAUAUAUGGAGAUACGCUCUUUAUUAUCUAUGUUUUAAAUAAAAACCUCCAAUAAAUGUAAAGUAUUUUAAAGGAUUUUUUUUCUUCAGGCCACAGCUGUCAGACCUGGAUUGUGUCACCGCUAUUUCAGUUCAAUCAAUUGACAAUUUAAAUUUUGUGAUUUCUUAGCAAACUAGCAAACUACACUGUUCAACCAUAGCAGCAGGUUGAAGUCAGGCAAGCUGUAGCUGGGAAACAAGCC